GGAGGAAAGCCGCCGCUCUGCACCGCUACGCUUCACCUAGUCUUCGCAGACAGCCUGCAGGAGGCACUGCCAGACUUCAGUGACGGUCCUGUGCCCUCUGAUUCCCAGGCAAAGCUGCAGAUUUACCUGGUCGGGGCCUUGGCCUUGAUUUCUAUGCUCUUCUUCCUCGCAGUGAUUUUGGCGAUCGCCUUGCACCUGCGAUGCUCUUCCAGCCCCUCUGCCUGGGGUUGCUUUAACCCUGGUCUGUGUUCUAAGACUAGACCAAGGGUUUCUCCCAACUACAAUGAGGGAAAUUUGCUUUAUUCCUGCAAUCUCUAUGUUCCCUCGGAUUCUAGAAAAAGAUUUAAUUUUCUCACCAUGACACCAGAAACAGUCCCCCCACAAGAUCUUUCUAAUGAAGUUUCUCUGGUAGCAAGCUUCACUGAAGAGAAUAACAAGAUAAGCUCUAACUCUGUUGCUCCUACUCACAUGAGUUCCAAUAAAUGUCUUUCAUUUACAAAUGGGUGUGGUUUAAUUUUCAAACCAAUAUUUUGGCAAGAAAAUCUUAAACAUAUUAUAUCUACUAUUGCUUCAGGUUUGUUUGCCCACUCUUAAUAUUUUCUGUUCCUUUCUGUGUGGGCCAGUAACUUCAUUAUUAGCUUUCAUGUAUUUUUGAAACAUUUUGACCAUUUUUACAGGAGACUUUUUUUUUUUUUUUGGACGGAGUCUCGCUCUGUGGUCCAGGCUGGAGUGCAGUGGCGUGAUAUCGGCUCACUGCAAGCUCCGCCUUCCGGGUUCUGGCCAUUCUCCUGCCUCAGCCUCCCGGGUAGCUGGGACUACAGGCGCCCGCCACCACGCCCAGCUAAUUUUUUGUAUUUUUAGUACAGACGGGGUUUCACCGUGUUAGCCAGGAUGGUCUCGAUUUCCUGACCUCGUGAUCCUCCCGCCUCGGCCUCCCAAAGUGCUGGUAUUAUAGGCGUGAGCCACUGCGCCCUGCCCGGAGACAUUCUUUAUACACACACACACACACGUGUGAAAAGUGGGUAUUAUGAUACUGCUGUCAUUGAGAUAUUUUAAUUGAGGAAUAAAUUUUUUUCCUGUGGUGUUUCUUGGGACAUCAAUAUUUGAGUAUAUAAGGCUUUAUCUUUAAUCCAUUAACUAUAAAUUUUGAAGAAAAUUCAUGAGAAAAUGGAGAAAAUGCUUUUUUAAAAAAAAAAAAAUUGAGAUUAAGGUCUCACUAUGUUGCCCAGGCUGGACUCAAACUCUUGGGCUGCAGCGAUCCACCCACCUCAAUCUCCAGAGUAGCUGAGACUACAGUUGCCUGACACUGUGCCUGGCAGAGAAAAAAGGUUAAAAAAAUAAGAACAUGGUAAUGAUUUGGUAAUAUUCAGUUACAUUUACUUGUGAUUCUUGUAAUUCAAGUAAACUCAAUUUUAUGUCUGAUCUUUUCUCACAGCUACCUAUAUAUUUCUUCCCAAUUUAAAAUAUAUUAUUUUAUGCCUAGCAAAUAUCUUAUCUUUACAGUAUAAAUAUUUACGCUCAUGAAAGUACAGUAGCCAGUUAUUUCUUAGGGAGAAUUUUUUCCCUAUAUUUUGAUGGGCUUCCGAAAGUAUUACCAGUAAUUGUUAGUAAUUACAAUUAGGUCAGUUACCCAGGAAAAGGUAAGUCUGUAACAUUCUUUGGACUACCAAUUUUCUUUUACUAAGUUUCCUCAACAAUAAAUAUUUUUGAAAUAUAAUGUGUUAAUAGUAUUCUGGAGUACUUCCGUUAUUUCCAGUCAAUGCAAGUUGGAAUGCUUCUACUUUAUGCUAAAAAUAUUAAUGUUUCUUUUUCACUUGGGUUCUUGUUAAGUGUGAUUUUGAUAAUGUAUACAAUCACAUAUCAUUUUUAGGUUUCCAUAAUAUCAUGAAAAUUUGAUUUUUAAGCGUUAAAUGUCAACAACCUGGUAAAGUAAUCCUUCCAUUCAGGAUCGUUCAAGGAAUCUAUUUAAAAAUGUUUUCCCCAAAUUAUAGCUGAAUCAGAAAGUUUAAAUUAUUAUAUUAUAUGAUUUGUCAAAAAGAGAAACUCCUAGGGAGACAUACCCCAUAAUAGGUGUGUUGGGGGAACAGUAAUCUCAAAGCAUAUGCACUAACAUUAUAAGAUUAAAAUCAUUGUUUAUAGAAACUUACAAUUCAUGUAAAAGCUCAUUGGGUAAAAAAUAAAUAAAUAAAAAAGAAGCUCACUGAAGUUUCUACUAAAGCGAAUACUGUAGAUUUCCAUCCCCUUUUGAAGAACAGUAGGUGGAGCUAUUUAAGAUAUAAAAACGAAAUUUCCUUUCUGGGAGUUCAAGAUUGUGCAGUUAUUGGUUAGGACUCUGAGCGCCGCUGUUCACCAAUGGGGGAGAGAAAAGCGGAGAUCCUGCUCGCCUUGCACGCGCCUGAAGCACAAAGCAGAUAGCUAGGAAUCAACCAUCCCUGGGACUAUGAGGAAACAACGGAGGAGCUCUGACUUCCCAACUGUCCCAUUCUAUGGGCGAAGGAACUGCUCCUGACUUCAGUGGUUAAGGGCAGAAUUGAAAAUAAUUCUGGAGGAAGAUGAGAAUGAUUCUUGCGCGACCGCACCGGCACUGCAAAGGGCUUGUCCUGCUGGGAAUCCUCCUGGGGACUCUGUGGGAGACUGGAUGCACCCAGAUACGCUAUUCAGUUCCGGAAGAGCUGGAGAAAGGCUCUAGGGUGGGCGACAUCUCCAGGGACCUGGGGCUGGAGCCCCGGGAGCUGGCGGAACGCGGAGUCCGCAUCAUCCCCAGAGGUAGGACGCAGCUUUUCGCCCUGAACCCGCGCAGCGGCAGCUUGGUCACGGCGGGCAGGAUAGACCGGGAGGAGCUCUGUAUGGGGGCCAUCAAGUGUCAAUUAAAUCUAGACAUUCUGGUGGAGGAUAAAGUGAAAAUAUAUGGAGUAGAAGUAGAAGUAAGGGACAUUAACGACAAUGCGCCUUACUUUCGUGAAAGUGAAUUAGAAAUAAAAAUUAGUGAAAACGCAGCCACUGAGAUGCGGUUCCCUCUACCCCACGCCUGGGAUCCGGAUAUCGGGAAGAACUCUCUGCAGAGCUACGAGCUCAGCCCGAAUACUCACUUCUCCCUGAUCGUGCAAAAUGGAGCCGACGGUAGUAAGUACCCCGAAUUGGUGCUGAAACGCGCCCUGGACCGCGAAGAAAAGGCUGCUCACCACGUGGUCCUUACGGCCUCCGACGGGGGCGACCUGGUGCGCACAGGCACCGCGCGCAUCCGCGUGAUGGUUCUGGAUGCGAACGACAACGCACCAGCGUUUGCUCAGCCCGAGUACCGCGCGAGCGUUCCGGAGAAUCUGGCCGUGGGCACGCAGCUGCUUGUAGUCAACGCUACCGACCCUGACGAAGGAGUCAAUGCGGAAGUGAGGUAUUCCUUCCGGUAUGUGGACGAUAAGGCGGCCCAAGUUUUCAAACUAGAUUGUAAUUCAGGGACAAUAUCAACAAUAGGGGAGUUGGACCACGAGGAGUCAGGAUUCUACCAGAUGGAAGUGCAAGCAAUGGAUAAUGCAGGAUAUUCUGCGCGAGCCAAAGUCCUGAUCACUGUUCUGGACGUGAACGACAAUGCCCCAGAAGUGGUCCUCACCUCUCUCGCCAGCUCGGUUCCCGAAAACUCUCCCAGAGGGACAUUAAUUGCCCUUUUAAAUGUAAAUGACCAAGAUUCUGAGGAAAACGGACAAGUGAUCUGUUUCAUCCAAGGAAAUCUGCCCUUUAAAUUAGAAAAAUCUUACGGAAAUUACUAUAGUUUAGUCACAGACAUAGUCUUGGAUAGGGAACAAGUUCCUAGCUACAAUAUCACAGUGACCGCCACUGACCGGGGAACCCCGCCCUUAUCCACGGAAACUCAUAUCUCGCUGAACGUGGCAGACACCAACGACAACCCGCCGGUCUUCCCUCAGGCCUCCUAUUCCGCUUAUAUCCCAGAGAACAAUCCCAGAGGAGUUUCCCUCGUCUCUGUGACCGCCCACGACCCCGACUGUGAGGAGAACGCCCAGAUCACUUAUUCCCUGGCUGAGGACACCAUCCAAGGGGCACCCCUAUCGUCCUACGUGUCUAUCAACUCCGACACUGGGGUACUGUAUGCGCUGAGCUCCUUCGACUACGAGCAGUUCCGAGACUUGCCAGUGAAAGUGAUGGCGCGGGACAACGGGCACCCGCCCCUCGGCAGCAACGUGUCGUUGAGCCUGUUUGUGCUGGACCAGAACGACAAUGCGCCCGAGAUCUUGUACCCCGCCCUCCCCACAGACGGUUCCACUGGCGUGGAGCUGGCGCCCCGCUCCGCAGAGCCCGGCUACCUGGUGACCAAGGUGGUGGCGGUGGACAGAGACUCGGGCCAGAACGCCUGGCUGUCCUACCGUCUGCUCAAGGCCAGCGAGCCGGGACUCUUCGCGGUGAGUCUGCACACGGGCGAGGUGCGCACGGCGCGAGCCCUGCUGGACAGAGAAGCGCUCAAGCAGAGCCUCGUAGUGGCCGUCCAGGACCACGGCCAGCCCCCUCUCUCCGCCACUGUCACGCUCACCGUGGCCGUGGCCGACAGCAUCCCCCAAGUCCUGGCGGACCUCGGCAGCCUCGAGUCUCUGGCUAACUCUGAAACCUCAGACCUCACUCUGUACCUGGUGGUAGCGGUGGCCGCGGUCUCCUGCGUCUUCCUGGCCUUCGUCAUCGUGCUGCUGGCGCUCAGGCUGCGGCGCUGGCACCAGUCACGCCUGCUGCAGGCUUCAGGAGGCGGCUUGACAGGAGCGCCGGCGUCGCACUUUGUGGGCGUGGACGGGGUGCAGGCUUUUCUGCAAACUUAUUCCCACGAGGUUUCCCUCACCACGGACUCGCGGAAGAGUCACCUGAUCUUCCCGCAGCCCAACUAUGCAGACAUGCUCGUCAGCCAGGAGAGCUUUGAAAAAAGCGAGCCCCUUUUGCUGUCAGGUGAUUCGGUAUUUUCUAAAGACAGUCAUGGGUUAAUUCAGGUGAGUUUAUAUCAAAUUUUCUUUCUUUUUUUUUUUUUUUUAAUUGCUCUGUCGCCCAAGCUGGAAUGCAGCGGCACGAUCAUAGCUCACUGCAGCCUCAAACUCCUAGGCUCAAGCAAUUCUCCCACCUUCGCCUCCGGUGUAACAGGGACUACAGGUGCAAGCCACCUGCUAUCUAUCUAUCUAUCUAUCUAUCUAUCUAUCUAUCUAUCUAUUUAUUACUUUCUUGUAGAGACAGGAGUCUCACUAUGUUGAUCAGGCUGAUCUGGAACUUGGGCUCAGGCGAGCCUCCUGCUUCUCCCUCCCAAACACUUUGGGAGGCCGAGGCAGGUGGAUCACCUGAGGUUGGGAGUUUGAGACCAGCCUGACCAACAUGGAUAAACCCCGUCUAUACUAAAAAAAAUACAAAAUUAGCCAGGCGUGGUGGUGCAUGUCUGUAAUCCCAGCUACUUGGGAGGCUGUCAGGAGAAUUGCUUUAACCUGGGAGGUGGAGGUUGCAAUGAGCUGAGAUUGUAUCAUUGCACUCCAGCCUGGGCAACAAGAGUAAAACUCCAUCUCAAAAAAAAAACAAAAAAAAACUUUAUCCUCUAGUUUCAUCCACUGAUGACACUUGCUUUAAUCACUUAUUAUAAUCGCUUCCAAAUGAAGAUUUUAUAAUUCCAUUGUUUCUUCUACAGUUGUUAAUUGGCUUUCUACCUUGAAGAAGAAUUUUAUAUUCUCUAUAUAUGUUUGUUUCUAUGAUUCUGGAAGCAUGGUUUUCUAUUUUAUUCAAUGGCCCGUAAUCUGUUAAUAUCAGUUAUUUAUUUUGAUGCUGAAAUUGUCCCAGGAUUGGCCUUUGGGACUCCCUUUAGGCUGAUUUCUGUGUCCUUUCUGUUACAGCAAGCUUGGGAUUAUAUCCAAGAUUUGUAAUUCCAGUGUACUUAUUUCUGUCAGUGUAAGCAAAGUACGAUUUCUGGACUAGAUGACUUGGGCAUUGUGGGGGAGGUGGAAAUUAGAGGUAUUCUCUGUUUUUCCUGUAGGAUCUUGCAUUUCUUCCUCUUGCUGCUUGUCUCUUUGUGUUGGGAAUAGGCCCCCCAAAAUCUGGCCAUAAACUGGCCCCAAAACUGGCCAUAAACAAAAUCUCUGCAGUACUGUGACAUGUUCAUGAUGGCCGUAACGCCCAUGCUGGAAGGUUGUGGGUUUACCGGAAUGAGGGCAAGGAACACCUGGCCCGCCCAGGGCAGAAAGCCGCUUAAAGGUGUUCUUAAACCACAAACAAUAGCAUGAGCGAUCUCUGCCUUAAGGACAUGCCGCUGCUGCAGAUAACUAGCCCAACCCAUCCCUUUAUUUCCUCCCAUCCCGUCGUUUCCCAUAAGGGAUACUUUUAGUUAAUCUAAUAUCUAU